AUGGCCACAGGAUGUGGAGAAGAAGAGACAGCACAGUGUAUACUACGCAUUACAGAUAUUGUCAAAGAGUCGCUUGAGUUUCUCGCACCCAUUGGUGGCUAUGAAGAAAUAUCACUUGUUUCCCUUGAAGAAGCUGUCAAACCGCUUGUUCCUAUUCUGCCAGCCGUUCAAAGUUACGCAUAUGUUGCCAAACAACGAUGUAAAAAUCCUGCCGACGAAUUAACACAAGAUGAAUCUGCCUCAAUUAUGUUGUAUACGAUGGGGUGGAAGCCAUUCGAUAAAUCCUUAUAUUUCGUUUUAAAUGAUAUAUUACGAUCACCAGACCGACAACAAAAGCUCGAACCAUGGUUUUUAUUUCUGAGACUCUUUCUUAAUGCACUGUUUCGCCUUCCGUCGUUGUCUAAAACUGCGUACAGAGGUGUUAAAUUAGAUCUGAGCCAACGCUACACUGAAGGACAAACAAUCGUCUGGUGGGGUUUCUCAUCGUGCACAACAUCUGUUACUGUGCUAAAAUCAGAACAAUUUUUGGGAAAAACAGGUGAAAGAACGAUGUUUACCUUACAAUGUCAAUCAGUUAAAGAUAUUCGGAAGCAUUCAUAUUAUCCAGCUGAAAACGAAGUACUUCUUAUGGCUGCUACUCAAUUCAAAGUAAUGGGUUGUCUUGAUCAAGGAAACCUUCACAUUGUUCAACUGGAAGAAACUCGUCCGCCAUUUCCGCUUUUACAACCAGUACCAAUUGUUGUUCCACAAUCGAUCAAUCCAAUUUCUUCAGCACAACCCAAAGUUGAAGCUCCUAAAUCAGUGAACCAUCGAUCGUGUGUCUUUGGUCAAGAUACUAAGAUCUCAUGGAAGUUCAGUGGCAUCGAGAAACCACAAGUGGCAUGGUUCUUCAAAGGCGAACCGAUUUCAGCUAACAAUCGUUUUCAAGUGACUGAGGUUGACGAUGGAACAUCGACACUAUUGAUUCGUCAAGCUGAACUUGCCGAUCAAGGUGAUUAUAUUGCUCGAGCAACCAAUACUGGUGGUGAAGUCGAAGCUAAAACAACAUUGAAUAUUGUUUGCAUGAAACCUGUCAUCAACACUGAUCUUAAUGCUACAAUAGAAGUCACAAAAGGUGAAAUUAUGACACUCAAAAUUGUCGUAAGUGGAGCACCAAAACCUAUUGUUGUCUGGAUGAGAGACAACAGUGAACUCACGUUCAAUGAUCGCAUUCAAGUGACAACACCGACUGGUGAUGAUGAUACAUACACACUGACCAUCUUGAAUGUACAAUCAGAAGAUCAAGGAGAAUAUGCAGCCAAGAUCUCCAAUAUUGUCUGUCCAUUACGUGGCAAUUCAAUCAAUAUUCAUCCAAAUGCUCGAUGGCAACAGAAUGGUCUCACUGUGGCUGGAGGAAAUGGAAAAGGCAAUGGAAUUCAUCAACUUUCCUAUCCAUUGGGUCUGUAUGUGGAUGAUGAUCAAACUAUAUAUGUUGCUGAUUGGUCAAAUCACCGUAUUGUGGAAUGGAAAUCGGGUGCGACGAGUGGCCAAGUGGUUGCCGGUGGAAAUGGACAAGGAAAUGCGGAUCAUCAGUUGUCUGACCCAAUAGAUGUGAUUGUCGACAAAGAAAGAGAUAGUGUCAUCAUCUGCGAUGGUUCAAAUAGAAGAGUGGUUCGAUGGCCUCGUCAAAAUGGUACUAGGGGAGAAACAAUCGUCUCCAACAUCGGUUGUGUGGGUUUGACAAUGGACGAGAAUGGAUCUCUCUAUGUCGCUGAUGAAAGAAAACAUGAAGUGAGACGAUAUCGAAGAGGAGAAUCUCAAGGAACAGUGAUUGCAGGUGGUAAUGGAUAUGGAAAUCGUCUCGAUCAACUCUCUUGUCCACAAUACGUAUUCGUCGAUCGAAAUCAUUCCGUAUAUGUGUCUGAUUGUUCCAAUCAUCGUGUGAUGAAAUGGGAAGAGGGUGCAAAACAAGGUAUAAUCGUGGCUGGCAAUCAAGGACAAGGAAAUAGUCUUACACAAUUGUCAAAUCCUUAUGGAAUCAUUGUCGAUCAAUUGGGCACUGUUUAUAUCGCUGAUUGUUGGAAUCAUCGAAUCAUGCGUUGGUUCAAAGGAGCCACGCAGGGAAGUGUUAUUGUUGGUGGAAACGGUAGAGGAGAACAAUCGAAUCAGCUCAAUGAGCCCGUCAGUUUGUCAUUCGAUUCACACGGUAAUCUCUAUGUCGUCGAUUGUAGAAAUCGUCGAAUACAAAAAUUUAAUAUUGAAUAA